AAAAGCCCUCAGUGCUCCCCAUCACAUCAAGAACAAAACCCCAUAUUCCUUUCUGAAGCUGCUAGGCGCCUGGUUUUGCUGACCUCUUCACUACUGCAACUACCAACAUCAUAAACCCCUUAGGCCUUCUUUAUGUUAUGCCCUGUCCAGUUCCUGUCCUCUCAGGACCUUUAACUGGCUUAUCCUUCUGCCUAGAAUGCCCCUCUUCUUGAUCUCCCCAUGAAGGCUCAUCCAAACAGAAUGCCAUCUCCUCUGAGAGUCGUCUCUCCCAAAUCAGCCCGUCGCCCUCAUUCCCCAGCAUUUUUCUGUCUACUGACUCAUCUGUCUCCAGUUAGACAGUAUCCUUGAAACGAGCCUGAAAUCAUGGAGGACCUCUGGGAACAGGCUCUGACCAUUCCCGCCAGAGAGGGCCGCCCUAAGCCCCUGCAUUCACCCUCAGUCUGCACGUGAUGCUGGGCCGAGGGGAUGCGGAUGUCACUUCAGGAAAUGCGGCUAACCGCGCGCUCCCCACUAGAGGGCGGCGGGGCCUAGCUUGGGCCAGACGCGGGGCGGAGAGGCGUGGGCUGGGCCUUGGCUGAGGCCCCUCCUCUAAGCUCCUGCGACGUCCCGCGCUCCGGGAGUCCUCAGAGGAGGCAGGACCCUCCCAUCACUUCCAGGGAUUGUCAAGGCCCGCUCCAGGAGCGGAUCCAGGGGGUUGGGCCCGAAGUGGGCCACAGCACUGAGGAGCCCGAGGACUGGGGGCGCUCUGCCGGUACAUGGGCGCAGCCGGGGAGCCCGCGUGCCCACCGGGCUUUUGCGGGAGGGACCACAGUCCUAUCCAGGGAAAAAUGGGGAAGCUGAGGCUACAGCGGGAAAGCGACUUCUUCUGGGUCGCGCAGCGAACCCGGAGUCAACUCAAACGCCCGGGGCGUCGGGAAGUCCCGGGCCGGACCGCGCCCGGCUUUCAGCAGCGGCAGUCCCGCCCCUCCUCAUAGAGCUGGAGCUGAGAGGGGGAGUGGGCGUGGGGAUCAUCCGCGCGCGCCCGGGGGCGGGGCCACUUCAGCUCCGCCCCGGCCCCAUUGGCUGCGGCGUCAGGGGCGGGGCGCGGCUGCCAGAUGUUGGGGUGGUGGCUGCGGCGGGAGCUACGGAGAGCGAGGAGCCGCGGGACAAGAUAGAGGGUGAGGGCGCCGCUCGCCGGCCCGCCCGGCCCCCUCCGCACCGCUCCCGCUGGAGUUCGCAGAGGAACUGGCAGGCCUGGCGAGGGCUCUGGCACGGGCAUGCACAGCACUCGGCUUGACAGCUUCCUGGGCCAGCUCCGCUGGGAACUGCUGUGUGGCCGGGACACAGGCUCACCUCCCAUGCCUGGCCCCCUUCCGCCACCCCCUAAACCUGGCUCAAGUGUCCGGCUCAGCCACCGGCUCAGGGCCUCAGAUGUCUUGGAUGAGGACUCAGUCUGCUGUGUGGAGGAAGAGGAGGAAGAAGGUGUAGUGAUAGGAGACAGGGGUGUAGGCUCGGGGGGCCCUAGGGAGCAUACCCUGGAUUGGGACUCUGGCUUCUCUGAGGUGUCUGGCAGCACGUGGAGAGAGGAAGAGCUCCCCGUCCUCCAGCAUCCAGCACCCCCAGCAUGGCGCCCCCAUAGACAGCGCCUCUCAGCUAGCAGCAUCCCCCUGUCCAGUGGGGUCCCUGUAGCCAGUGUACCACCUGCCCACCGACCGCGGCCCAAGUCCACCCCAGAUGCCUGCCUGGAGCACUGGCAGGAGCUGGAAGCCGAGGACUGGACAGCAGCCCUGCUGAGCAGAGGUCGCAGUCGCCAGCCCCUGGUGCUGGGGGACAACUGUUUUGCUGACUUGGUGCACAACUGGAUGGAGCUGCCCGAGGCAGCAGGUGAGGGGGACGGUGGAGGUGGGCCCCGUGCCCGUGCUCGGCCCCCCCAGUUCCUGCUUGGUCUCUCUGAGCAGCUGCGGCGCCAGCUGGCCAGGGCCCGCCGGGCGGCCAUGGCAGGAAAGCGACUGUCAUGCCCACCUCGCCCGGAACCUGAACUGCCUGCAGACAUCUCACGCUUUGCAGCUCUCAUGAGCUGCCGCAGCCGCCAGCCCAUCAUCUGCAAUGAUGUUGUCAGCUACCUCUGACCCUGCCCUCCAGCCUGGGACAAUAAAGGCCCUUCUCUGGACUGUC